AUGACUUUGGAAAAGCCCCAACCCAGUGAAAAAGAUGACCAGACGGUUGAAGGCGAAAACCGUUACACAGUCUUCACCAAGGGGCAGAAACGAUGGAUAGGGUUUUUGGCUGCGUUUGCAGGCAUGUUCUCGCCGCACAGCAGUUUUGUCUAUUACCCAGCCAUCUACGCUCUCGCCCACGACUUUCAGACGUCUGUCGAGGCCAUUAACCUGACCAUCACAUCUUAUAUGAUAGUUUCGGGCAUUGUUCCAUCAAUCCUCGGUGGUCUCGCCGAUCGCGUUGGGCGCCGUCCUAUCUACAUGUCAGCUGCUAACGCCUAUCCGUCUGGCAAAAUCAUGAACAGAGAUUACCGCAUCACGGCCGAGAAGAACAAUUUCACGAUAGAUCGAAUCAGAGGUGACGACCUCUCCAAAUUCCCCAUCGAGCACGUACGUAUUCGGAGUAUCUGGUACAUGAUCGUCCUUGCUAUUGGGGGAGUUGGUGUAUGUCAGAACGAUGUACUUGCAGAGAAUUCCCCAGAUUCGGAAGCUACAUGA